CAUUAUCCUACCGAGAUCAGCAUGCAAGAUUACGCUGAUUGCCAGAUUUCAUGCAAAUAUUGUAAUUUGAAUUACAAAUGCUUCGGUAAAUAUAUAACAUUGUCGUGAUUUUUGUAUAAAAGCUGAAGAAAUGAUUCCUGAUUAACAAUAAGAAUCGCUUAACAUGCAUUUUGUCAGUGUAGUCGUCUGUGUCGCUGCAUUCCUGAGCGUAACUAGUGCAGCUCCUUGUGAGUCACCAUGUGUAACAACGGAACGUUCUUGCCAUACUGAAACUACACCUUGUACUACUCAGUCAACCUCGUGUGCUCCUGAGACUACACCAUGUGCUACAACGACAACCACAUGUGCUCCUAAGACUACCACUAUUCAGACAACACCUUGUACAACGCCGUGUACUUCUGGAACAACUACUACUUCUGAAGCUCCAUGUACUCCACCACAACCCUGCACUGGGCCAAAACCAUGUAGUAACAAAGUUCCUCCUUGUGAACAGGCGGUGAUCAAGAGGAAAUCUAGCGCUAAAGCUGGCGCCAGUUCAAGCAUAAUCGUUAAAAACUGAAUACUUGUAUUCCUCGAACAUAUGUAUGCCAUGCAAUAAACAAUUAAUUUACCUUUAGCAUAGUGCCAGUUGGAGCACUAUUGCAGCAAAAAUGUCAGGAAAUAGUUAAAAUAAAAUGCAG